AUGCAAAUCAGGAAUCUGCCCUCUUUUUGGCGUAAUGGCUAUGAUCCGGUUGAGGAAAUCGACCUUGAAGAUUUACACGCCGACGGCCGCCGCCGGGUACGUGAAAACCUCGCCGCUCGUGAGUACGACUUGCGACAGAGCUGGUUGACGGGGCUGAUGCGGGCCAUCCGAGCUGUCGACUAUCUCGACGAGUCUCAGUUGCCCUAUUCAUCCAAAAAUGCGGCCUACUACACCCCUCUGGCGGAGUAUGUCCGCCGGCGCGAAUUCGGUCGCACGCUGCGACAUCCCGAGAUCCUCGUGCCCCUGGUGCUGUCCGGCGUGCUAGAGGCAGUCUCCUGUCUAUCAACAGUGGCGGCGCCGCUGUUGAUGCAGCGCGUGCUUCAAGAACCUUCAGAUCCAGGCCAUCUGUUGGCUCUGUUCGGGGUCAGUCUUGUGGCGACGAUGGCCGGUCGCAGCAAAGAUCAGAUUUGCCGAGUGCUGGCGGUUCGCGUCUCAUCGAUCCUGCAGUUGGCGCUCUUUCGCAAGUGCCUCCGGUUCUCGGGUAGGACGACCUGUACGGAGGGUCGCCUAGUGAGCUGUUCAACUACCGACAUGAUGCUCCUGCGUAACUACAUCCUCAAAAUGCACGACAUUUGGAGCAGCCCCCUACAAUUAAUUUUGAUCAUUCUCUUGGUGCUACGUCUGUUGGGUCUGUCCGCGCUACUGGGAUACUUCGUAAUGGCUUUCCUCUUGCUUUCACAAACUCAAGCCAACGCCAAAGUAGCGAGCGCUUUGGAGAAAUACCUUGGCUACGACGAACGACGGAUCACGAUAUUAAGCCAAGCCUUCCAGCGCAUCAAAGGAAUCAAACUAAUGCUGCUCGAGUCGAUUAUCAUGAAGAAAAUAGCCGCCAUUCGCGAACUGCAGCUUGUGGCGCUAACGCGCCGCCUUCGUCUCGUGUUUUGUUUUUUCAUCUCUAUCAAUCAGAUGAUUCCCGGCCUCACGGCCCUGGUCUCCUUUAUUUCCUACUGGGCCGGCCAACAUGCCUUGGAUGCUCGGGUAAUUUUCCCGGCUCUUACGCUAUUUGAGCUGAGUCAUGGCCCUGCAUCGAAGCUGUCGCUAGCGGUGACACGCCAGUUCUCUAUCCUGCCCAGUGUAUUCCGUGUGCGAGAUAUCCUGCGCCAAGAAGAAGUCGACGAACAGAGUUCCGGGGACCCGGGCGAUAUAGCGAUCAGCCUCGACAAAGCCACCAUUUCUUACCCUGGCCUUGCAAACAACGCAGAGACCACAGAUGAGGCCACUGCAUUCCUGCUUGAUGCCCUCACCCUUAAAAUCCCACGAAGACGCCUCACCUGUAUCUAUGGACACAGUGGCGCCGGGAAAUCCACAAUGAUAAAAGGGAUUGUCGGCGAGUGCGUGGCUCAGCCACCAUCAUCAGUCAAGGUCUAUGGAAGCUGCGCCCUUUGCCGCCAGGAUCCAUGGAUUAUGCAAGGGACUGUGCGGGACAACAUUUUACUCGGGAAGCCCUAUGAGGAGCUUCGAUACCGUCAGGUCCUUCGCGACUGCUGUCUUGAAGCCGACCUGACCACGUUCCCCGGUGGCGACCAGGCGUUGGUGGCUGGCAAUGGAGCGACCCUGAGUGGUGGACAGCGAGCGCGCAUCUCACUCGCCCGCGCCGUGUAUAGCCAAGCCGAAAUUAUCGUGCUUGACGAUCCUCUCUCGGCUGUAGACGCCCGCGUUGCGCAAUGUCUUUGGAACGAUUGCAUCCGAAAACUGUCCCAAACGGCCGUCGUUGUAACUCAUCAACUCGACCUGCUCCCCCAGUGUGACCAUAUCCUGGUCUUGGACAAAGGUGUGAUCAUUGCUCAAGGAUCGCCGGGUCAGGUCCUCAAACACCCCUUCUUCAACGGAAGUACCUUGCUGGAUGCACCUAAAGAAUUGUCUCCCCCGAUAAAGGAUGAGGCACAAUCUGUUGCCCCAGCACCUAACAUAGUCAACUCCAACGCAAUUGCUCUUGGCAAGGAGGUCAGGGUUAGAGGAAGCGUUGACCGGGGAUUAUACGGUGUCUAUCUCAGACACAGCGGGGGAUAUCCCUAUAUCGCUGCUUUGAGCGCGAUAUUUUGUCUGACGGUGGGUACGCGUAUCAUAGGAAAUAUUUGGUUGGCGUGGUGGGUUAGGGACGCUCUGCACUGGGCGCAACACCACUACAUGUCCGGGUAUAUUGGGGUGAUGCUAUCGCAGGCGGUGUUUGUAGCUCUCGUUGGUGUCUAUCUGGUUGCCGGAAGCGUUCAAGCCAGCCGACGCAUCCACGAAGGUGUUCUGGCACAGCUCUUUAACACGGACAUGGAUUUCUUUGACCAACAGCCACUUGGGCGGAUUAUCAAUCGCUUAUCAGUUGAUAUAGAGGGUAUCGAUUUUCGAUUGAUCAAUGCGGCCGAUGGCUUGCUUCUCGCAGCUUCUUCGUUGCUAGCGAGUACCAUUGUUCUUGCAAUGAGCUCGCUGUACUUGAUCCUAGCUCUCCUGCCCAUUGGGUACAUGACCAGUCGCAUACAGCUGCUUUAUGGAGUAUCUGCACGAGAAGUGCGUCGCUUGUGCUCUGUGCUCGACUCCCCGGUCCUCGCCGUGAUAAACGAGGCCAUGGGUGCGCGGGCCUCGAUCCAAGCGUACUCCGCCAUCGAGUUAUUUGAGGAGCGGCAUCGCGCGGUCCUGUCCAAGGCCAUGGCCGGAAUCAGCGUCCGCUACGCACUAGAGACGUGGGUGACAGUGCGGGUGGAACUCGUUUCCGUCCUGCUACUUGGUGCAACCUGCGUACUGUGCGGCCUAGGAUUGCUUAACGCCGUUCAGGCUGGUCUGACUCUCAGCUUGAGCAUCACAAUAGCGAAACACCUGGACGCUUUUCUGUGGUCCCUAAUUAACCUUGAUGUUGAAAUGAACUCCAUGGAGCGCCUCAAUCAGUACCUGAUGCUGCCUACCCCAGAGACCAAUUCUUCUUCCAUCGGACGAGAAAUCGCACCCUCCUGGCCGGAGAGUGGCAGCGUGGUAUUCUCUGGAGUUGAAGUCACGUAUCCUCAAGCUUCGCAACCGUCUCUCCAUGGCUUUGAUCUCAUCAUUCCUGCGGGUGCCAAGGUGGGGAUCGUAGGCCGAAGCGGCUCCGGCAAAUCGACCAUCAUCGCGGCACUAACAGGCCUUGUACCACUCACAGCAGGCACUAUUCGGAUUGAUGACGUGGACUUAGCGACGGUCUCACUGCGCCAGCGUCGACGAUCUGUUCACGUGCUCGCCCAGGAUGCCGUGCUCUUCGAUGGCACGCUUCGUGAGAAUUUGGAUCCCUCUCGGCGCAGCAAGGAUGCGGACAUGCUUGGGGCAUUGUCAGCAGUGGCAUGGCACCAGCUCAUGGACCAAUUUGACGGCGUUGACCGCCGAUCAGUGCUGGACCAACACAUUUUGGCUGGGGGCACCAAUCUAUCCGCGGGUCAAGCGCAAUUGGUGGCUCUGGCGCGGGCGGUGCUGGCGCGGCCGCGCAUCCUGGUGCUCGAUGAGGCAACAGCGAAUGUUGACCAAAGCACGGAUGAGAUCAUCCAGCGAAUCCUGCAGCAGUCCUUCCGGGAUAAUACGGUCCUCUGUGUGGCGCACCGAGCAACCAGUGUCGCCUGGAUGGAUUGUGUCAUCACCCUGGCGGAUGGCCGCAAAGUGGGGUGA